AUGCGCUGCUUGGGUUACCUGCUGGUAUUGGCGCCAUUCGCGAUGGCACAUCAAGCCAGCCAGUUUCCGGGUCAGAAUGCAAAUCAGCCUCCAGAGAUCCACCAUCAGCAACCACACCAAGGACAGCAGCACCAACAGGCUCCACCUGCCCAACAAGUCCAACCAUCUAGUCAGUUUGGGGGUGAACAGGCAAAAGAUGAACAUCAUAUCAAGGAACAUCUUGAUGGGAAAGUCGAUCCUACUGCGAAUAUGACCCCAGAGCAACUGCAAUUCCACUACUUUAACAUGCACGAUCUCGACAAGAACGGAAAGUUGGAUGGAAUAGAAUUAAUAAAAGCAAUCACUCACUUCCAUGCUGAGAAUCCCGGUCCACAACAUCAAAACACAAAUCAACCACCUCCCUUGCCAAGCGAAGUGGAGCUGGAGUCAAUGAUAGACUCGAUUUUGAGAGACGAUGACUUUAACUCGGAUGGCUUCAUCGACUACGCUGAAUUCUUGAGGGCACAAAAAAUACGAGAGGAGCAAGCUAGAGCACAGAUGCAGGCUAACCAAGCUCAACAACACCAACAGCAACAACAACAACAUCAACAACAACAUCAACAUCAACAGCAACAACAACAACAUCAACAGCAGCAGCCACAACAACAACAUCAACAGCCACAACAACAACAACAGCAACCCCAUCACUGA